AUGAGUAAUAUACACAUUGUCUGGUUUGAGCUGGAUUGGAUUGGUUGCCGUCACUGCUGGAAGGCAAUCUCAACGGAAUUCCAUACCAAAGAUGGAACACCUGUGGACAGCUUCAUGGCUACGAUGAAUGCGCAAACGUACGCCUACUUUGCUGUGGCAUACUGGUAUUCUCUGCAGGAAUGGGGUGGUAAAAAACGGGUCUCAUUCUUUGAUGGAGCGCCUGAAUCAGCCGAAGAGUUGGGAUAG